AUGGCUUCAUCAUCUACUAAAAAUGCUGUUGAACGUGCAUUGAAAUAUGUAUCUUCUACCUCAAGAAUUAAAUUACAAGACCUUCGAGAUAAUCCUGGUGCAAGAGUUUCUGGACGUCAAUUAAAAAAAGCUCAUAAUCAACAUGGUCAUACAAUUGGUGAACUUCAACAUGCUGCUAAACCACCAUUAGGAUGGGUUUGGGGAGAUUUCUUUCGUCCAUGGCAUCGUAUGUUUCCUGGGGAGAAACAUUUUAAUGGUGAUAUAAAUUUAAGAAGAGAAUACCCACCUAUAUCUUUAAUUGAAUUACAAAGAUUAAUUGAUUUAAAUUGGAUUGAUACAAAUAAACUUAUAGAUAUAACUACUUUAUGUAAUACAAGACGUAUAGUAAUAGACCCAAGUCAAAGACAAUUUGGUGUUCAAUUAAACGAUGAAGGUGGAGAAGUUUUUGUUGCAAAAGUUAACCUCGAAGUUCAAUGGGCAAGUGAAUAUACUAUUGCAAUGAUUGAAAAAAAUGGUGGAACUAUUAGAACAGCAUAUUAUGAUUUAAAUUCCCUUGAAUGUGCUGUUGAUCCUAAAAAAUGGUUUUUAUCAGGUAAACCUAUUCCUCCUAGAAAAGCUCCACCACAAAGUUUAAUGCUUUAUUAUACAAAUCCAAGAAACAGAGGAUAUCUUGCUGAUCCUAAAGAAGUAGAAAAGGAUAGAAUUGAAUUAGCAAAGAAAUAUGGAUAUGAAUUGCCUGACAGUACUGGAAAAGCGAAUGAAAUUAAAAAACCAACAGAAGUUUUUAUGGGAAUUGAAUCAGGUUCAAUUGUUAGUUUAACAGAUAAAAAAGUGUUUAUUCCAAAAGAUCCAAUAUUAAAAAAAUAUUAUACUGAUGAAUAUCUUGCUGAUUGGCAAUAUUAG